AUGAAAACUCUGAUAUCUGUUUUUGAAGCGAUUCAAAUCAAGCUUCUAUCAUGGGUAGCGUCUGCUUCUAGCUCUGCCAGUCGGUAAGUUCAGAAAAUUUACACUUUUCCUUUCUCGGUUUUUCUGAUCUUCAACUUCAGAUUCAAUUGCGUUUCAAGCGAGAAGUCGGUCCCUUAGAUCAUAUAGGGUUGUUUUAUGAAGGUGUGAGCUGAAGGCUACCGCCGAAGAAAUUUUUUAGGAAGCCAUAAGGAGAUUUCUCGGAAAGCACUUGCUGUUGACAAAUAUCGCUACAAGCUGCACUCAAAUUGGUACGGCUGACGUUAUUCAGCAGUACCUGAAUGGUGACGUCACUAAGUUUGGAUGGGACUGGCGAAGAACUUGUUAGUUUUUUUAAUUCUCUUGCAGAAGCUAUAACACAUAUUUUUUAAAGCGAUCACAAUUUUCCUUGAGUCACUCGAGGAUUAUUGCUAUAUUCCUCUGAAAAAAAAACAGCCAAAUUCAAAAUAUUUUCCGAUCAUUCCGGAAAACCAAGUUGAUUUUCAUUGGUCUCAAAAACAAAUAUAUUUUUUUUAGAGGCGCUUUUUUGUUUUCAAUUGGUGUUAAGCGUGAGAAAGUGUCAUUCGAGAAGUAAUUACUAGAGACUAAAUACUAAGCACGUCCAGCAGCCCUUUGGGAAAUUACUUCCAUACACAUCAACGACGUUCUGGCAAAUCAUCCGGUGCAAAAACCGCCACAUCGGAGUGGAAAAAUGCAUCAAAAGUUUUUGGACGACAAAAAGGUGUCCGCUCAAUUAAUAUUCAGAAUAGAACCUCAUAAAGUUUCAGCCGUACAAGUAUAGUUUCAGAGCCAAAUCUGAAAAAAAACAGGAUACUGUAAAUAUGAAUUUUCAAACUCUUAUAAAUUUACGAAAAAAAAUGAUAAGAGGUGACUGAUUUUUUAAUUAAAUUGUCUUCUGAGUUAAGACUCAAGGUUGCGAAACGAGCUUUCGAAAAAUCUUCCUCAUGAUCUUUUUAUCGCAUUGACUCAGGCCGGAUGGCGGCGAUAGGUUUUGUGAUGGCGCCAGCGCUCCACGGCUUCUACCGGGUCCUCGACACCAGGAAGUUCAAGGGCAGUCGUCAGACCAGAGUGCUGAAGAAACUGGCAUGGGACACUGCUUUCAUUCCUUUUUUCUCGUGCACUUUUAUAACUGGUUCAACGGCGUUGGAAUUCGAAAUGUAUGAAAGUUUUCAGUCGGCGCUCUUUACGAAGGUCAGACACUGAAUGAAGCACUAGCAGAGUAUCGCCGCAAAAUGUGGCAUAUUUGGAAGGUGAAUCUGAUCGAUUUACAAUGGAAAUCUUCAGAAAUGAUGAAAAACUUAGCUCUUGGAAUCAUUCUGGAUUUCAUGAAUUCUCAGCAAACAGAAAAUAUUCAAAUUGAGCAGAAAGAACUUUUAUUUUGGAAAUGUCUGCAGCCUUUGUAAGUUUUAACUACUUCAAAGUUUUUCUUUAUUUCUUUGUGCCGCGGUUUAAGCUUUUUUAUCAUUCAGAACCUUUUGACAGUUUUUUCAAAAGUUAGAAUGUAAGAAGAAAGUUUUUCUAAUUUCAAAGUUGAUAAUAAAAUCCUGAUCAGAAGAAGGAGGAGAAAUUUGUUCUCGGUUCUAAAAAAAUCAAAGUUUUUUUUUAAUGUAUUCGACCUUUGUGAGCAUUCAGAGAAUGAAAAAUUUCAAAAAAAAUUUAAAAAUUCUUCAGGUCGACUUCACGAUAUGGCCUCCAGCCCAAUUGAUCAACUUCUACUUUUUUUGCCUCCAGCGGUGCGCGUGGUGUAUGUAAACGCUGUGUCUUUGAUGUACAACUGCAUAAUGUCCUAUAUCAAAAAUAACGAAUUCCAUAUUCACUCUUCAUCUUCUUGACCGUUGCCAACUGCUAGGUAUUUUUCUAAUUUCUCAGUGAUAAAUUGAUUAACUGUGUACCAAUAAUCUUGAUGAUCUCUUCACCUGUCAUGGCGCUGUUCUGAAAAGAAAAAUUUACGAGUUUCUAAAGCUUCCUGCAAUAAAUAUGUCGAUUAGAGAACUUAUUCUCGUUAUUCUUUACAAUCCGACCAAAAAGACACAGAUUAAACAGAUUCUGACAAAGUAGAAACCUUGUGAAAUGAAAUAAAAGUGAGACACGGCGGAACCGGAUAUUACAAUGUUUCAGGGCCCUCGAGGCGAGAGGCUUGUACGAGUGCAAUUACGCACAAGUUGGUAUCGAAUCGUGGCACUCGAUCCGCCUGUUUUGCGUCAGAUCCCCUAUUUUCGUUGGACGCCCCCUAAACCUGCCAUCGACUCCAAUUUCGGCCCUAUCGAUGGAUUUCAACUCAUCUUUUUCAACGUUUUUUGCUUCGAGACCAAUUUUAGAAGAUCACAAUCAGCAUUUGGAAGCUGUCGACUUUAUCACUUAUUCGGAUAUCUUCAAUUCGUGAGUUAUAUAGGCUUCAAUUUUCAGUUAAAAAGAACUUUUUCUGUCGUUUAGAUAAGAAUACUCGUACUUUUGAACAAAAGCAACUUUUUUUUGGUCUAGAGUUCUUGGAAAUUUAUUGAAUUUCAUAAUGAAUAAUUUAGCUCUUUUUUUAGAAAGGAAGAAAAUCGAAUUGCUCUUUUAUAUUGGCUUCUCAUCGUCGUUUCCUUUUUUUAGAUGCUAUAAAAAGUAUUUUUGAGCGAGCUCUCUUUUCAAAAAAAAAAAAAAUUAUUAGGGUGGCAGGAAAGAAAUUCGUGUUAUUGAUGCCAUUUAUUUUUAUCAUAAAAACAAGGUUAUCCCAAGUCAAUUGAAAAUGUAAGUCCUAUUUGUAUUAGCACCUCGUCAACAAUGCUCACGCAGAGAAUGGAUACUCUCUCUGACAAACUGGGCCGCCUACGAGUCAAAGAAGUUGCACCCCCAAAUUUGAACUUCAUCGAAGUUUUUCAUUUUUUUUUCUGGCUGUUAAGCGAUCCAAUGAUUCGGACAGAUGAUAAAUGCAAAGAGUCAUGUCUGAGCAUUGUAGCGGAAAAAAAGCAGAAAUUUGCAGAAAAAUUUUUUUCUGAUUUUUGGGCUAACACAUUUUCGCAAAAAAACGAAAAAGCGAUAUUGUGAAGCCAUUUUUCAUUUCUCAUUUUUUGCACUACGUUGCGUAAAAAAACUGUUUUCAUUUGCAGAUAUGGGUGUAUAAUAACUGAUAAGCCAGUUUCAAAGGUGUGUGUUGUGAAUCCAAUCUAAUGGCAUUUUUAAUUCGCCUUCAUCGUCGAUUUUUUCGUGUUUUUUGAUUUCAAAGGUUUUUUCGCCUAGUGAAUAGCGCUAAAGCAAUUCAAAAUGUUAACUAUCAGAAAAAAGCAUCAAUGGUGAUCAUAAUAUUGAAAGGUGUCAAACUUCUGAAUUUGAUUUGUACUUUUUGAAGUAAAGCGAAAACUAGGUCCGCGAAUACAGUUUUCGAAAGGAAGUUUUUAGAGCUAUUUUUUUAUAGAAAGGUGGAAUGAACGUCAGCAAAUUAUAUAUCCAAUGACGCACAAGGACAAGCCCUUUUCGACAAAAAAUAUCGUUUCAAAUAAUAUUGCUUCUUGAAUGAAUCAGAAGCGGGCAAAAAAGAGCCGCAUUUCUUUCAUGCCAACCUAAUAAUUUCAUGGUUGCUUAUUCAAAAAUUUCGUUAACACGUCAGAAUGCCUUCGUAAAAGUAGAAAUUUUCCAUUUCUCCGAACUAAGAUACAUAUUCAAAAGCAGUUCAUUUUCAGUACACAUGUGAACGCCGGAUACAUCUUCCAUCUGCCGUAUUUUUGCAUUUUGAGAGUUUUUAUCAGCUUACUAGGUGCAAUUUUGAAUAUUUACUUUUUUGUGGCAAAUCUUGUCAACAACCGGAAAAGUAAAGGCAUACUGAAGUGAGUUUUUUUUUUUCCACAAUGAAGAUUUCAAUUUUAAUCAGUGUUCAGAGUUCGCUUACUGAUUUUACUCUUAUCGCUGACCAUAGCUUUGUGGAGCCUCGCAAUUUUUGUUAUUUUUUCCGUCGAUUUAUUGAUCACGGUAAGAUAGGUUUGAACUUCGGAAAGCUAAGAGGCGGAAUGGCGGAAAAAAACUGUUCUUUUUGAGACUAGCAAAGAUGUGGAGUAUCUAUUCGCUAAGGUCCAAAAAGACGAAGAUCUAUCAGAAGUGUGGAGAGCAGUUCUGGACGGUUGUCUACAACCUCUUUUUGAUGCACACACUUUGAUUAUGUUUGCUGUUUCAUUAGAUCGUUAUCUCAAUUUGUACCAGGUAUGAGAAAUGAUUAUUUCAUUAAACGGCUUUUCAAGGUAUACUGGCCAUUUGUGGAGAGCAAGCGGGUGCUUGUUUCUUUAUUAAUUAUUCCCGUUUUCUGUUGUUUUGUUGUUUUCAACCCGCUUCUUUUGCACCAUUUUCUUCCAUAUGAAAGCUUUUUGUACUGUAGGUAAGAACAGAACGCUUAGAAAAAAGUUAAUCAGAAUUUUAGACUCACUCUACUGCUUCUACCGCCCAUCGUCUCUUUUCUUCUACUUACCGUUUGCGCCUUGAGCAAAUCUUCGAAAGUGAAAUACGAACCAGGCUACAGUAUCUCUCUUCGCAGGUUGUCAAAAAAAUUCCUCUCACAGCCUAGCUUUUAAGGUCGCUGCCAAGAGUUUUGUUUGUGAUCGUCACCUUGGACGUUUUGAUGAGAACCGCCAUGUUCUUUCGUUUGAUGGAAGAUAACCUGCAAUUUGUGGUCGUCACCGGCUCGGAAAAAGGCGACGCCGUUUUGCAAACGUUUUUUGACGUUUCCCUGCAGGUUUGGUUCUAUUUGAUUUUUCUCAAAACAGAGAAAUCUCGAAAUAAGAAAUUUAUUACAAAAUGAAAGAUAGCAGUUUCUUUUUCUUCAAUUUUUUGGUGAUUAAAUCGCAUACGAAUCUAACAAAAAAAAAACAAUGGAGGUGUCAAAAACAAGGUUUUUGCUCGAAUUUUCUGUGAACCAACUGCACUGUAAAACAACGAAGCAACCUUUUUCCAAGGGUCUGAGCUUCGGAGCUUCAGAGAAUGUGGUGAUCGCACUUUGAAAAAUUUCUCUCUCUUUUUAAUUCUUUGUGCUUAUUCCAAUAUACAUCGAAAUAAAACUUUCAACUAAUUAGGUUUUGUUUUUCAAUUCUAGGAACACUGAGUACCAGUUGAAAACCAUCAGAAACUUGUUACUUGAGCGUUCCUGGUCUUUAGGGGUUCUCCCUCCCGACGUAGACGUUGUCAAUUUUGUUUGGUUCGUGUAUUUGGGUUCUCUGAACCGGGAACAGAGCGAGAAAAGACUGCAGACAAGAUGAAGAUUGUUGGUACGAGAUCGGCGAAGAGACCAUUUCUCGGCACAUUAGACUGUUGUGACGUAGACGACGGCUACGCUUGAAAACAUGAGGAGCUGUUUGACGUAACGAAAAUUGAAUUGAGAGUUUGAUUUUUGUGAUCUGGUUAACGGCGAUUACGAGAACUGCGUGAGAAUGAGGCUAGCGGUCGCUCUCUCAUACUUCAGGAACACUUAUGUAUCAAAGAAACACAUUCUACCGAAAGCAAAAAGAUCAAGUUCGACAUGGAAUAAAAAGUGUUUUACUUUUGAACUUUAAUUUUCAGAAAUACUCUCAAAUCAGCGCUCAACUCAUUGAAUGAAAACUUAGAAAGAUUAAAUUUUUAAAAAACUUUACUUUUCGAGAGCAAACGUCUUAAUGUCGAAAAAAACGACGUCGAAGGACUUUUUUUAAUUCAUUUUUUUCUUCCUUUGCUGGUUAAAAAGCUCGAAAAAGACGCUUUCUUCAAGUUAAAAGUUUUUCUUCAUCACAAAAAUUUUUUUAUUCAAAACAACAAUAAACGCUCUGCCUUUUUUUCUCAGAAAUUUUAGUAUUUUGAGUAAAAUAACCUCAUUUGGAAAAAGUCGUUUGAAAAAUUGAAAUAAUUGUGGUCGGAUUGAAACUUUACUUUCGUUUCUACAAGUUUUAUUUUUAAUGUCUGACUAGAUAGCUGCAAAAUUAAAAAAACAAAGGAACAUAAACAGAAAAAUCGCUUCGUUUAUCAGACGUUAACAGCAAAAAGUUCAGAAUGAGAAAUUGCUGGAAGUUCUACCACACCUUAUCAUGUGAUAACCACAUGAGAAAAUCUUGAGAGGCGUGCUAUUGUUUUUGUUUGUGUUUAGAUGCAGUGUGCCGGAAAAAAAAUAAAAAAAAGAACAGUUAUAACUUUUAAACAUUGAAAAUUCCUUACUUAAGCAAUUUAUUUUCCAGGUGGCUGUUUGCAUUUCUUACCUCUUCCCAAUAUAUGUUCCAGUUUUGAUUGGUCUCUUCGUGAAGAACUUCAGAAACACGGUAGCCUCUUCUCAUGUUAUUGAAAAGGACUUUUCUCAGCUUUUCCGGAACGGCAAUCGUAAAAUGGCGAGAGCUUUGUAA